AUGCAGGCUGCCAAGUCAAAUGUUGCUCUCCAAGCCAAAAAUAAAACAGAUGAACAGAUCCAAGAACUGAUGUCCCAACUGGAGGCAAAAAAUAAAGAAAUUGAAAAGCUAGAAUCUUAUAUAAAAGUGAUCACAGAGUAUCCCAUAAAGGAAGAGGGCGCUUCAGAGAUAGAAAAAAGACAGCUUCCUCGACGUGAAGACGUUCCUAUUACUGGCAAUGAGACAUCUGAUAAGCUUACUACUGAAAAUGUCAGACUCAAGCCAUCAAGAAAAAGGAUGAGACCUGGAGGAGGAGGAAUUUAUUCUUCGCCAACAAGCCAUGAUGAAGUCAGGAUGAAGAAAGCGGUCAACAUGGAAGUCCAUGACACCUGGACGUAUGAAGAAAUUCAACAGCAGUUUGAGGCGUUCUGUCAAUGA